AUGGUGAAACCAAUCGUCGCUCCAAGUAUCCUUGCAUCAGAUUUUGCCAAUCUAGGCUGCGAGUGCCAUAAAGUUAUCAACGCCGGUGCGGACUGGCUACACAUUGAUGUAAUGGACGGUCACUUUGUGCCCAACAUUACACUAGGUCAACCAAUUGUUGCAAGUCUGCGUAAAGCUGUUCCAAGGGUGAAUGACACAGAGAGCACUAAGCCAAAGGCUUUCUUUGACUGUCACAUGAUGGUCGAAGAGCCAGAGAAAUGGGUUGCAGACUUUGUGAAGUGCGGUGCCGACCAGUUCACGUUCCACUACGAAGCCACAAAAGAUCCUCUCGGACUUGUGAAGCUCAUAAAGUCCCACGGAAUCAAGGCGGCUUGCGCAAUCAAGCCAGGAACCCCAGUGGAUGUUCUAUAUGAGCUUGGCCCACAUUUAGACAUGGCUCUUGUUAUGACGGUCGAGCCAGGUUUUGGUGGUCAAAAGUUCAUGGUGGAAAUGAUGCCAAAAGUCGAGGCUCUGAGAGCAAAAUUCCCUAACAUGAACAUUCAGGUUGAUGGUGGGCUCGGUAAAGAGACUAUCCCACAUGCAGCCAAAGCUGGUGCCAACGUCAUUGUCGCUGGGACUAGUGUUUUCACUGCAGCCGACCCAGCAGAUGUGAUCUCUUUUAUGAAGGGCCAAGUUUCAGAAAACCUUGCCGCCAAGGGCCUCCUGGAUUAG